AUGACCACGAUCAUCCGCCCUGCCGCGCCAGAUGAGAUCCCCGCCAUUAUAGAUUUCAUCAUGGCGGCCCGCGCCGACAUGUUUUCAAUGCUGGAUCCAUCAUUGCAUCUCCAAAAGGCCCAGCGUGAACUUGCCACCUUCCAGCAAAGCUACCUGGAACAUCCCAACGGAGCCUUCUUCACAGCCCGAGUGGAUGGUCGCUUGGUUGGCACCGUCGGUUACGUCACCUACGACCAGCGUUUCCCCCAACUGGACUUUGGCGAGGAACGGGUCGUCGAGGUGUUGAGGAUGUAUGUCCACCCUGAUUGUCGCCGAACUGGAUUAGCUUCAAAGCUGUACACGGCUCUCGAGCAGAGAGCAGGACAAGCAGGCAUUCAGCGAAUGUAUCUGCAUACCCAUCCGUUUUUACCGGGCUCCAUCAGCUUUUGGGAGCAGCAAGGGUUUUCCGUCCUCCACGUUGACGAUGAUCCUGUGUGGCGUACGACGCAUAUGAGCCGAUUGCCUGCUGCUGGUGAACGUUAG